AAUAAUUACGUUGACAUGCGCAUUUCCCACUCGAGGGGGCUAAUAUUCCAAGCUCAAGAAUUUGUUGAAGAAGGGGAGGAAAAUUGUUUGUAACUCUUUGCUCCUGAUGGUUGCACCAUGUCGAGGCGCAAGCAAGCCAAACCGCAGCACAUCAACUCUGACGAGCCCGGCUCACUGGAGAACGGGAAUCUUCAAGAUGAUCAAGCUGAGGAGAUUGGAAAUGAAGUGAAAAGGUUCAGAAUGGAUGAGACCAAGGUCUGCAACAAGUGUUGUGCUGAAUUCUUUGAUGAAGCAGAAUUUAUUGAGCAUGAGAAAAAUUGCACUAAAAGUCAGCAAGUGGUCAUCAUGAAAGACGGAGAUGGCAAUGAAGUGCCUGAGGAAUAUUCACAAGGUUCCCCCGAAGGCGACGGCCUUACCAGUGACCAUGAUGAUAGCCAGUCCAGUAGUCAUUCACUAUCAAAUGUUAAUGCAGACCAUCUGGAAAGAACAGAGGAAGAGUCGAGCAUGAAUGCAGAUGACUCGGGUCAACUGGAUUAUGCAGAGAUGUCUGCCAGCCCCGAGAUGAAUUUCCACCCAUCGCCCAAAGUGCAAGAUUCAAAUGUCACUCUUGAGACCAUGGCAGACACUAAAGUUGCUGUCUCCCAACAUCCUUCGAGUAAUACAUCUCUGACCUCACAGGAUGCCAUUCAAACAAUCCCAAUGAUUUUGGAACAGUUGGUCUGUCUCCAGCAACAGCAGCUACAACAAAUCCAGCUCACGGAACAGAUUCGAAUUCAAGUGGCUAUGAUGACCCCACAUGGUCUCCACUCAUCUGUUGGGGCAGUAGUGGACCCCCUAAAAGCCCUUGGUGCACAUCUCUCUCAACAGCUUUCUGCCGCAGCAGCUCUAAUAGGAAAAAGAACUGGCAGUCAGAACCUUGCUAUGGAGACACUAAAGCAAGGUAAACUACCUCUGCCCACUGUCAUCCCCACCUCUCUACCUGGAGGACUGGGUUCAAUGACUUCUAAAUCAGACAUUUUAAAGGGCAUUCCAGAUCUGGUCAACCGUUUACCAGCAUUGCUGCCUCCGUCCGAGAGUAGCAUGGGAUUCCCUAGCACCUUCAAUGGUAUCCAAGCAGGGAUGGAGUCCUCCAAAAAAGUGAAGCCAAAGAUACUGAACAUCCAACCAGAAUCGAAGAAUGGUGAUUCAGUAUACAAGCACAAAUGUAAGUACUGUGGUAAGACCUUUGGUAACGACAGUGCUCUUCAGAUUCACCUGCGCUCUCACACGGGAGAGAGGCCCUUUAAGUGUAAUAUUUGUGGAAACCGCUUCACAACAAAAGGCAACCUCAAAGUGCAUUUCCAGCGGCAUAAAGACAAGUAUCCGACCAUUGGCAUGAACCCCCACCCCGUGCCAGAGCACCUUGACAAUAUUCCCACUAGCAGCGGCAUUCCAUUUGGAAUGUCUGUACCACUGGAUGAAUCAAACAUGACUGACACCAAGCCCAUAAUAGGCCAUCCUGCUCCAGGGUUCCACCCAUCGGUCGUACCAGGUUUCAAGACUACCUAUGACAGCUUUGCAGGGGAUCCCUUCUCACAGAGGCCCUCCCCAUCAACAAGUGAUGGCUCUCAGUCUGUUUCUUCCCAUGUCUUUGGCCAUGAGAAGGCACUGGAUCCAAAUCAGAAGGAUGCCGAAGACCUGCUUGGAGUGCUGCAUCAUAUGAAUGGUAAUGGUCUCCCAGGAGAACAAAGCUCUGGAACAGCCAAACUUCAGCAGAUGGUGGAUGGGCUGGAAAAGAGGACCAGUGACCCCAAUGAGUGUGUAAUAUGCCAUAGGGUACUCAGUUGCCAGAGCUCACUCAAGAUGCAUUACCGUACACACACUGGCGAGAGGCCCUACAAGUGCAAAAUCUGUGGCCGUGCUUUCUCCACCAAGGGUAACCUCAAAGCUCAUUAUGGGGUGCACAGGGCUAACACUCCUCUAAAGAUGCAGCACUCAUGUCCCAUCUGCCAGAAGAAAUUCACCAACGCUGUGGUUCUCCAACAACACAUUCGCAUGCACAUGGGCGGCCAGAUUCCCAACACCCCCAUGCCAGAAAACCACUUUGAGGCAGCAGAAACCAUUGAACCAUCUUUUCCCGGGGAGAAGGCCAUGGAUAUCGAUGGCUUUGACGAAAGCAUGGAGAACCAUGAGACAGAGCUGAACUCUCAGCAGCCAAACGAUAGCUUAGAUUCCCUCCCAUCUGCAUCUGAGGAACAACCACAGAAUCACUCUGCCCCCAUUACAUUUUCCAGUCUAGAAGUCUUGAAGAACCUCACCUCUGCCCUUGCACUGAAACGUCAGACUAGCAAUGCGUCGGAGAGUGAGGGAACACCCAAAGAAUCCCCAUCAGCUACAAGAGAGCAGGAAUAUCAGAAUGGUCGUAGUCCUGCUAUUUCUGACUCGGCCACAUCUUUUCAUUCAUCCUCCCCUGUAAACAUCAUGAGCAGCAGCAAGUCCCCCGAGUCACCUGCCGAUGAAUUUACUUACAGUGGGCAGAUACCAGAGUCUGAUGAAGGAAUUCAGGAGGGCACAGAGUCAAGUGGAGCCCUUGACCUCACAGCAGCCAGCAGCAUUACCCCCAAAGCCAUCAAAGAAGAACCAGGCUUUCAUGCAUUCACAAAUGGAGACUAUGUUCCCAGUAACAUGUCCUUCAUGAGGAUACCAUCAAGUCUGGCCAGUUUGGAGAUGAAGAUUCCUUCAGAUAAUCCUUUGGGCCCCAAUGGUUUGUUCAGUUCCCACAUGCCUCAGGGAACAGCCAUGCCCUCUUCAAUCUCCGCUGCACCACGUCGAUCGACCAAACAGCAUAUGUGUAAUGCUUGUGGCAAGAACUUCUCAUCAGCCAGUGCCUUACAGAUCCAUGAGCGUACUCAUACAGGGGAGAAGCCUUUUGCCUGCAACAUCUGUGGCAGGGCUUUCACCACCAAGGGGAAUCUAAAAGUGCACAUUGGAACUCACAUGUGGAACAACGCGUCACGUCGUGGUCAGCGCCUGUCUCUGGAUAAUCCAAUGGCACUGAUGGCAAUGAGUGCCGAGGCUAAGAGGUUGCCAGAAAUGAUGCAGGUACCCAAAGAACUGGGUCCUCAACCAAUGAGCUUUGAUCCAUCUAUGUGGAACCAGUAUGCUGCUGCAUUCACUGGUGGCCUUACCAUGAAGACUAAUGAAAUAUCAGUCAUUCAGGGUGGUGGCAUCCCACUCCCUGGGAGCCCUGCCGGUGGGCCUCUUAUUGGAUCCACUGGAGGUCUCAUGAAAAUGGAUGGGUCCCACUCUGGUUUGCCUGCCACAGUGGCUGAAAUUGAAAAGAACAGCUCUGAUAGUGUGCCAAAAUCACAGUUCCCACAUUUCAUGGAGGAGGGUAAAAUUGCAGUAAAUUAGGUUUUUUUUUUUUUGGUUUUUUUUAAGCCAUCUGCCAAUUUAUUACCUGAACUCAGUUUUUGAAUGUCCCCUUUUUGAGUAAGGUACAAUCAAUUUUCAGAGAAACCUUGUAGAAUUCUCCUUGGAUUGGUUGAAUUUUCCCAGAAAGUUCAUUGCAGCUCUCUCUUCUGAUCUAAACGAGUCGAGUGUUAUUUUAGUUGAACUUGAUAUAACUACUGUAGUUGUAUUUUAUUUUACAUAAAUAUAUAUAUGCGGG